UCUUACGUCAUAAAGUGGGCGGGCCGAAUCGAAGAUCGCGGGAGAGGGAACUUCAGCAUGUUUCUCCGGAUGAGUCAUGUUUACGUUAAAAAAUCAAGAAAAAUAUUAAUGCUAAAUGCAGUUUUAAUAUAAAUAGCUAUGGCUGAUAUUUUAGAAGUCGUUUUCAGGCGGUUUGCAUCGGGACCUUUAACGCGCGAUGUGAGAUUUCCCCCGGAUGUAGAGAGCAACACUGUAGUGCACGGUGACCGAGACAGCAGCAGAUGUUUGUUGUUUCUAGCGGCGGUGACAGCGGCUACAGAUCUGGGGCUUAAAGUUGUGUUUUUCACACAGACACCUUUUGAGUCUUUACAGGUUUCUUUGAGGGGGUCAAUACCGGGACUCAAACUAGAGGCUCUUAAGAAUGUCAAGUUUGUGUACGCAAAAACGUUGGAGGAGUUCCUCGAGGACGUAGCGUCCCUCCACGAGCUGGACUCGCCUCCCUCACUGAUAAUUGUGGACGAUCUUGAGCGGUAUUUGCACCGGCCGAUAGGUGGACCCUUGCAGGACGAUCUGAGCCCUGUGGCCCACGUGGCGGCCCUCCUGCAUGACACUGCGGCUUUUCUUACACAGAUCCUGCACGGCAGAGGAGAGAAUAAGGGAUCCUGCAGGUUCAUAGUCUCCUUUUAUCCUGAAUGUGAUGGCGGCGAAACGCAGGCCGCAGAUCUUCUCCUCUCUGUACUGGAACGCUACCUGCAGGUGCGGUGCACCUUGGAGGAGGCAAGGGGUGGUGGGGUGACAGGGCAGAGGGAGUGGCGGGUGUAUCUGUCAGCCACACGUCCUCUGCAGGACCAGUGGUGCGUUCAGGCACGGCAGUGGUGUUUGGUUGUGCGUCCGAGCGGUGCGGUGGAGUUUCGUCCAGUCAUUGAUGUAGAACAAGAGAUUCCAGAAGAGCAGAAGAUCAGCAGAGAGGAUGUGGAGACAGAUAAUAAACAUUUGAACUAAUCCAAGAUCUGUAUUUCGCAGUUGUAAGGUCACUCAGAGGUCAUACUUGACCAAGUAAAAGGGUCAGCUUUUCUUGACUUCAUUUUGAGUUUAAACGAAAUCUACACAACGGUACAAAAUAAUUCGGAAUUCAGUAUUUAUUUUGUAAGGAAGACAAUUUAAUGUUUAAAGCUUACAUAUGUGUAAAGUGUGAAAGAGACAUGUCAUUUAAAAAUAAAAACACUAAACAGUC